CUAUAGAUACUUUAUGCUUUUCUGAUAAAUUUAUUAGGGUCAUCUGUUUCUUAAUGGUUUCCACAUUGAUUACACCAGAUAAGUAUGAACAUGAUAAGACUCACUUAUUAUAAAGCAAUCUUUAUAUCUAUUAAAUAAAAAACAAAAAGACAAAGAAAUAGGUACAAUUUUAAUGCAGAGUGACUGUAGAAAUAACUUUGGCCUUUUUUCCAUGUGUACAUGCGUAGAAUGUGGAGCAUCAGUUAAAAACCUCUUUACACAGUAUAGCAAAGAUAAUAUUCGACUGACUACUUGUGAACAAUGUAAUCAGUUUGCAGACAAAUACAUUGAACAUGACUUUGUUGUCAUAUUUAUCGACAUGCUUCUUCAUAAACCACAAGUCUAUCGUCACAUAUUAUUCAACAGAAUAACAGAGCAAGAUAGAGUAGAAGUAAAGCAAAAUAUGAAAAUAUUUAUAUUGUAUUCACUGUUGGAGACAUAGCCACACGUGUUUCGAUUUGCUAUUUUGCUUAUUCUUUUUGAAGUAUAUCAAAUGGUUUCGCUUAGAGAGACACUGUACAGAAUAUGACACAAGAUUCAUUGAACAGCCAUUAUCUUUUCAAUACUUGUACAUCUUGGCAUUAUGUAUUAUGG